AGGGGCGCCGCCGCCGCCGGCGCUCGCAGGCCGCGGGUGAAGAAGGUUCGUCCCCGCUCGACGCGGAGCGAGAAGGUGACCCAGGCCGAGGAAGCGCCCCGGGCCAAGGAGGAGACCCGGGCGGAAGAGGUGGCACCGACUGGAGAGGUGACCCAAGCCCAGGAAAUGGCGGCAGCCGAGCUCUGCGUGACCAUCACCCACAACAAUGAGAAGUAUGACCUUCAUGUUACCCCACAGCAAGGCAGCAAUGAACCAAUUGUCCAAGACCUGGCCCAUGUUGUGGAAGAAGCCACAGGGGUUCCACUGGCUUUUCAGAAACUCAUAUUUAAGGGAAAAUCUUUGAAGGAAAUGGAGACACCAUUGUCAGCACUUGGAAUACAAAAUGGCUGCCGGGUCAUGUUAAUUGGAGAAAAGAAUAGUCCAGAGGAAGAGGCUGAAUUAAAGAAGUUGAAAGAUUUGGAGAAGUCAGUGGAGAAGAUAGCUGACCACCUGGAAGAUCUGAAUAAAGAACUUACUGGAAUCCAGCAGGGUUUUCUGGCUAAGGAUUUGCAAGCUGAAGCUCUCGGCAAACUUGAUAGGCGAGUAAAAGCCACAAUUGAGCAGUUUAUGAAGAUCUUAGAGGAGAUUGACACAAUGAUCCUACCAGAAAAUUUCAAAGACAGUAGGCUAAAAAGGAAGGGUUUGGUGAAAAAAGUUCAGGCAUUCCUAGCUGAGUGUGACACAGUGGAGCAGAACAUCUGCCAGGAGACUGAGCGGCUGCAGUCUACAAACUUGGCCCUUGUUGAGUGAGGUGCAGUGGAGAACGGUGCUGACUGAAGAACAGCUCUGUCCUCUCUGGAACAGAAAUUGCCUGUUUCUCCAUAGCUGUUAAAGGCAACUGGCCAAUUAUCAAUUUUCCUACUCCUACACCACUUCUCAAUGAAAAAGUACUAUCUUUGCAACCUUAA